AACACUUAAGGUGCACUAUGCAAACCAGUGCUAUGACCGGAACGGCUACUGUAUGAAGACUAUUGCUUGGCCUUCGCAGGUUUCAAUGACGAUAUGACUGAUCACGAAGACCGUUCAUCUCCACUGAACAUCGCGGCUAGCCGACAUCUAAGACUUACGCAUGCACUUCUGCAGACCUGCUUAACUUGUCAGGGCCUCCGUCAGAUUUCUACCACUUUAAUAGCCUCAGCUGGUCUUAUUAUCAUCUUAUCAGACGUCGCGAAAGGUUAUCUCGGAACAUGCUGCAUUUUUUUGAGUUCAGGCCAUCUCCGAGGCGACCUGUGUUGUUUGGGCGGCCAAUUCCAAAAUACGACUGGCGCCCUUCCCGCGAGUGCCGUAUGUGUAUUUACUACUUCGACCAGGACCAUUCUCCUCAGACUAUCCAUUCGACUUGCCAAUCUUGUUUACCCUUUGUUCGAUAAGCAGCCAACAGGGGAAUCGAAGCGCACGCAUGUCGGCGUCUAGCGCACAAACUCAAAGCACCAAACAAGACCAAAGAGUCCCUAGCUUGUGGCUGUGCUGUGUUGUUUUGGGAGGCCUUGCACAAUGCCUUCAUUCAUUGUUUUCACCGCAUUGACUCGGCGCGCUGUUAUUAUACUUUCUAAAACUCUCCCUUUCUGUAAGCAUGUGGCCUGAGCUGUUUUCGUCUGCUUGUAGCCCUGUGGCUGGCAGCUGGCCGCGACCCUGCG